CCCUUCAGCCAGCACCACUUCACUCGCGAAGCGCCUCUGAUCCGCUCGGAGAGAAAUCCCCCGCCUCCUGCACUUCGUUGGCUUCUUUCCUUCGCCUUUUGCAGGCCGCUGAAGCCCUCCGUCCUGUGAGAGGCUGUUUGGGCCAGCCCAAAGCUGGCCUCCGCCGUCACCAUGGAGCCUUGCCCGACGACGGAUGGCUCCUGCGAGAAGAAAAGGAUUAGCUCGGAACGUAGAAAAGAGAAGUCUAGAGAUGCAGCCAGGUGUCGGAGAAGUAAAGAAUCAGAAGUGUUCUAUGAACUUGCUCACCAGUUGCCUCUUCCCCAUCACGUGAGCGCACAUCUUGAUAAAGCCUCUGUUAUGAGACUUACAAUCAGCUACCUCCGUAUGAGAAAGUUGCUUGAUGCAGAUGACUUAGAGGCAGAAGCUGAAAUGGAGACACAGUUGAAUUGUUUUUACUUAAAAGCUCUGGAUGGGUUUGUCAUGGUCCUCUCUGAAGAUGGUGACAUGAUCUAUACUUCUGAAAAUGUGAACAAGUGUAUGGGACUCACUCAGUUUGAGUUGACAGGACACAGCGUGUUUGAUUUCACUCAUCCCUGUGAUCAUGAAGAAUUGAGAGAAAUGCUCAUCCAUCGAAAUGGAUCUGUUAAAAAGGGAAAGGAUCAAAAUACAGAACGGAGUUUUUUCCUCAGAAUGAAAUGUACACUGACCAGCAGAGGAAGAACUGUGAAUAUAAAAUCAGCCACAUGGAAGGUACUUCAUUGUACAGGUCAUAUUCGUGUUUAUGAGAAUUGCAACAAUCAAAAUGUGUGCGGCUAUAAAAAGCCUCCCAUGACAUGUUUGGUAUUAAUUUGUGAGCCUAUACCUCAUCCGUCAAAUAUUGAAGUCCCAUUGGAUAGUAAAACGUUCCUCAGCCGCCAUAGCCUUGACAUGAAAUUUUCCUAUUGUGAUGAAAGGAUUACAGAACUAAUAGGAUAUGAUCAUGAAGAACUCCUGGGGCAUUCUGUAUAUGAAUAUUAUCAUGCGCUGGAUUCUGACCAUCUGACCAAAACACAUCAUGACAUGUUUGCCAAAGGGCAAGUCACCACCGGACAAUAUCGAAUGCUUGCCAAGCAAGGGGGCUAUGUCUGGGUAGAGACUCAAGCAACUGUUAUAUACAAUACUAAGAAUUCUCAACCACAAUGUAUAGUGUGUGUGAACUAUGUCUUGAGUGGAAUUGUUCAGGGGGACUUGGUCUUUUCACUUCAGCAAACAGAGUGUAUGUUGAAACCAGUGGAUUCUCCUGAGAUGGGAAUGAUGAAAGUACUCAACAAGAGUGAUCUGGAAGAUAGCAGCAGCCUCUUUGAGAAACUUAAGAAGGAACCUGAUGCAUUAGCCUAUCUUGCUCCUGCUGCUGGAGAUACUAUAAUAGCAUUAGAUUUUGACAACGAUGAGCCAGAUGAACAACCAUCUGAUGACGUUCCUUUAUAUAAUGACGUAAUGCUCCCCUCAUCCAGUGAGAAACUGCAGAAUAUAAAUUUGGCAAUGUCCCCACUAUCUGCUUCUGAAAGAGCAAAGCCCCUCUGUAGCAGUGCUGAUCCAGCACUCAAUAGAGAGGUGGUGGCCAAACUGGAGCCCAGCACGGAACCCUUAGAUCUUACUUUCUCCAGCCGACAGACCCAAGAUCAACCAGCUACUCCUUCUGAUGGAAGCACUAGCCAAAGCUCGCCUGAGCCUAAUAGUCCUCCUAACGAUUAUUGCUUCAGCAUGGAUAAUGAGAUAUCAAGUGAGUUCAAGCUGGAAUUGGUGGAAAAGCUCUUUGCAAUAGACCCAGAAUCGAAAAAUCCAUUUUCAAUGCAGGAAACAGAUUUAGAUUUGGAAAUGUUGGCACCUUAUAUCCCCAUGGACGAUGAUUUCCAGUUGCGCACUUUUGACCAGCUUUCUCCACUGGAGGUCAAUACUGCAAGUCCUUCUUCUAGUGUGACUCCUGUAACAGGGUUUCAGCAAACUCCAAUGCAGUCAUUGGCCACUGACACGAUAAAAUCCACAACAAUCAAACACGAAACUGCUCCAAAGAUGCUUGUAACGCCUGCCCCUAUUAACCCCAAAGUACUGCCAGAUCCGGCUCCCAUAAUCAGUACCCCAACAUCACCUUAUGCUAAGAAUGAAAGUCGGACUUCAUCUCCAAUCAGAACAGGAAAAGGCACAAUAGACCAGACAGACCAAAUGAGUCCAGGAGCACCAGACUUGUUGACGGUCACUUUUGGUAACAGAUCACCUGAAGUGAAUGAAGACAUCAGUCCAAGGAUAAUAGCUCUCCAUAAUAUUCAGAGGAAACGAAAAAUGGAGCAGGAUGGCUUGCUUUUCCAGGCAGUAGGAAUUGGCACAUUAUUGGCACAAUCGGGGCCUCCUGGAACAAAUAUAUCAUUGGCUUGGAAACGUGUAAAAGGAUGCAGAUCAAAUGGACAGAAUGAGGUGGCAGAGAAGACUGUAAUUUUAUUACCAUCAGAUAUAGCAAGUAAACUUCUAGGGCAGUCAAUGGAUGAGAAGGGACUUCCACAGCUUACCAGCUAUGAUUGUGAAGUCAAUGCUCCUAUACAAGGCAACAGAAACUUGUUACAAGGUGAAGAGUUGUUCAGAGCCCUGGAUCAGAUCAACUGAGCUUCUCUUCCUGUACCUCCAGCUUCAUUAGUGUUCUGUUUUCUUGGACAUUGGUGAUUUACCACCUAAAAGCAGUGUAUUUAUAUUUUCUAUAUCUGAGUUUAGAAGCCUGGAUACAAAUACUGCACUAAUUCAGUUAGUUUGUAUCUGAUCCCUUUUCUAUUUUGGACAAUUUCUUGCAUAAUGAGUCUCUCUCUCUCUCUCUCUCUCUCUCUCUCUCUCUCUCUCUCCCUCUCUCUCUCUCUCUCUCUCUCUCUCUCUGCUAAUGAAUGCAUUUUUGGUAAAACAGUUUAAGUCAGUUAAAUUUAGAACAUACUUACAAUGACAGCUUUGAAGUAGGCACCUUUUCAAAAAGUAUUUAUUUUUUAUUUUGACUAGGAGUUUGUCACUGAAGAAUUUUUAUCUGAUGAUACAUUGCCGCAAUAAAUUCGUCUAAGCUUUCUAUCAUGUGGUUGUAGGCAUACUUGAAGGCACAUUGUGCUGUUAUCUAUAAUAUUUGAAUAAAUUUUUACUUCACCUUUUUUUUUUUUAAAAAAGGAAUAUUGCUUUGCAGCAGUGCAUUUGUAGCCAGUCGCACAAUCUAUUUUCUUAUGAAAAUAUACAAAAUACCAGCAGUUCCUCAUGUAAUAUUGUGCGUUUAUAAAACUAGUUUUUAAUAUGAACAUUUUUUUCUUUUUUGUUUCUCUGUUAUGUUAAUUACAUGUGAAAUUAUGUAGAAAUUUUGGAGUAGUGCUAUUUUUUAUGUUGUAUUUCAAGAUGCUCCUAAAUUCUGUUUUAAUAUUAAAGUAGGAUUAGGAGAAAACAAGUUGCAUAUGUGAGGCUAGCAACAUCUGGAGACUUUCAGGUUAGGAAAAAAGAUUAUUGGAGUACAUAAUGGGAAUCUCAUGCAAAUAUUUAUAGAACAAGUUGAUAGAAGGGUUUUUUCCCCCCUUCCUUUUGGGUUUUUUAAAAUUGGGCCCACUAAAUAAGAUUGACCUUCAGACCAAUUGAAAAUCAUUUAUUUUCCUUUUUUAAUUUCUUAUUUUUCUGCAAAUGAAUGAUUUCACUGCUACAACAUGGCCAUUUUAGAAAUCGUUUUCCAAAAGAUGUCUUUUUCUAAAAAAUAAAAAAAAGACAUGGUCUUAGGGUCAUCUGUGUUUGAAGGCAACAUAUCUCCUAACAGUUUGCUAGGAUAGGGUUUUGUUUUCAUGCCUUGUUUAUAAACUUUCUAGAAGCAUCUGAUUGAGUUGGAUGGACCUUUGGUCUGAUCCAGCAAAGCAGUUUGUUUUUUAUAUUAAGAAAUUUUCUUUUAUUUGAAAAACAAUCCAUUUUUGAUGUUGAAGUUUUUGAUCAACUCAAAAUUCUCCCUAGCUCAAAGCUGUGAAAGUACAUGCUAAUACUAUAUAACAACAACAGCUUCAAUGUUCCCAUUACUUUGUUUGGUAGAGGUGAUAUUUCAGAAAAAAUCAUAAACCAUGUUGCUUUUUUAGUUCAGUUAUCUAGUUUCAUCAUUAAGUUGCUUACUAAUAAUUCAGUGUUUGGGAUUUUAAGUAGCUUGUUGCUAUUAACAUCAGAACUGCCCUCAUUCCAUUAAACAUAGCUUUCAGUAAUUCUGAAUAUACUUUAUAUACUUUUAAUUUAGGAAAUAAGUCACAAAACAUCUUUCUUUCUACAUGCUGUACAAUAAAAUCUACCUACUCAUUCUUUUUUUUCUUUUUGUGGUUGGAUAUGACACUAACUGUAUUGUUGUAUGACAUCAAUAAACUAUGUGACCAGG